AUGGCGAAGAAAACCUACGACCUGCUCUUCAAGCUGCUGCUGAUCGGCGACUCGGGCGUGGUGUGCUUCUCAGAAUUGUUCAUUUUGUGUCUUAUAGGCAUAGACUUCAAGAUCAAAACAGUGGAAUUGCAAGGAAAGAAGAUAAAGCUACAGAUAUGGGACACGGCCGGGCAGGAGCGCUUUCACACCAUCACCACCUCCUACUACAGAGGGGCCAUGGGAAUCAUGCUAGUGUAUGACAUCACCAAUGCCAAAAGCUUUGAAAACAUCAGCAAAUGGCUCAGAAACAUAGAUGAGCAUGCCAAUGAAGACGUGGAGAGGAUGCUUCUAGGAAACAAGUGCGAUAUGGAUGACAAGAGGGUGGUCCCUAAAACAAAAGGCGAGCAGAUUGCAAGAGAGCAUGGUAUUAGGUUUUUCGAAACUAGUGCAAAAGCAAAUAUAAACAUUGAGAAGGCAUUCCUCACGUUAGCAGAAGACAUUCUUCGAAAGACCCCGGUCAAAGAGCCCAACAGCGAAAACGUAGACAUCAGCAGUGGAGGCGGCGUGACGGGCUGGAAGAGCAAGUGCUGCUGAAGGAAUGGGCUUCCCUCGCCAAGCGCCAUCCAUCGCCCCCUCCCUCUUCUUGCUGCGGAAUUUAAACCACUUGGCCCAUUUUUAACCUUAAAUAUUUUUGGUCCUCCUCUUAACAUGGCUCCUUUCCUUCGUUCUUCUGUUAGGGGAGAGCUCACUGACUAUAAUUUUGUUGAAACGAAACUGUAUUAAAAUCAUGUCUGACUUUUAUUUUUAACGUCCCGGCUCAACUCAACACCGUCUUCUGGUUGUAAUCUAUAGCCCAGUCAGUCUUAACAGUAGACCGUAGAUCAAUCAUUUCAGCUCCCUUUCGGCAAAUUGUACAAGAAUAAAACUUAGCGUUAACCGUUUAUUUUGUACGAUGGUGGGGUUUUGUUAAUGGAUACCUGUGCUUAAGUCACCAUAUUUGCAUCUGCAAAAAAACAAAAAGAAAAAAAAACAAUAAUAACUCAUUCGCCUUGAGUAGUAAAUGGGGUUUAUUUUGUCCUGUGCCUUAUGUGGAAAGGAACUUUGGUUCUUCCCCCACCUGUCCCACCCCCACCCCUUUUUUCUUUCUUUCUUUCUGUUCUGGUGGAAGCAAGACCGGAGACUCAGUUCUCUGGAGAUGGCUUUCCAGCCAUCGAUGUAGUGAAUCAAGGGCCAUGGGGGUUAGAGCAAGAUAUUCCAGCCUGCUUGGUUUCUCCUUUUUGGGCAGGAGGGCAUGGAGGCUGUCCCGCUGCCUCUUCUGUUUUAAUUCUCUCUAGCAGUUUCCCCCUCUCUUACUGUUUUUGUUUUGGUAUUUUGCCUGCAUGCUGGUUUUAAUUUCUUUUUAUGGUGUGAUGUGUUAAGAGGUGGCAACACAGUAUGUUUGCCAAAUUUAAUUCAAAGCACUGAUCACGGAUCUAGCUUUCUGAGAUAAAACGUAAAGUAUCUUAUCUACUAACCUUUAUGUCUAGCAAACGUCAGGCCUGUUCCUCCCCACCCCUCCUCCCUUCCUGCAUAGUUAUUGGGGUUUAUGAUAUGGAAGAAUUAAUUGCAUGCACUUGUUUUCUGUGGAGGAGGCAGUGGCUGCCCUCUCUCCUUCUGUAGGACUCAGCCAGGCCGUUCCCAGAUCUGUGGCCAUUAAUGGGAAUUGGGUUUCCUUUGCUGCUCCAGGCAGGUGACGAAGUAGCCUAGUAAAUAUUUAAGAGGGGGUGGGGGCAGGGCAGGGUUGGCGGGGGGGUACAAGAGGGCAGGUGAGUUGAAUGAGCAUACCCAUAGAUCGCUCUCCUUCUGUGUUCUUAAGUUCUUCACAAUAAAAAAUCCCAUGUUUACAA